AUGGAACCUCUCGAGAUCGUGGGCGCCACGGCCGCCAUCGCUCAACUACUCAAACUCGCCGUCGACAUCGGGGACCAAGCUCGUCAGCUAGUCCAGUCCUUCGUCCACGCUCCUAAAGAACUCGCCGAGUUAAGCGCCAAGAUCGAUCGACUCGGUCUCCUCCUCCACCAUGCGAACGAGCUAGAUAAAGACCUGGCAAACGCCGAUGCAGGUGAUCUCAUCCCCGACGCCCACAACAGCUUGCUUUACAGCUGUCUUGGGGUUAGCUUGGCGGCGCUGGAAAAAGUCCGAACGCUGCACGGAGAUGGGGGCCAAUCAUCAGCAACACACAGGCUUCGUUGGGCUGCCAUCGAUAAGAGAAAGGCUCAAAAAGUCCUCAAAGACGUGAAAGAAUCUGAGGCUGCUCUUGACACCGUUCUGAGUAUCCUCAGUGUACGUCUUGCAUCUUUCAACCGAGCCUCGAUUUCCGCAGUCCAACUAGGCCAGGUAGCCAUUCGAGACGACAUCACCAGUGCGGUUCAGGAGCUAGGGUCAUGUUUUCAGGCCCAGUCUGGCUUGUUGGGAACAAAGCUCGUUGAGAGACUACGUCAAGAUCAACAAAGGAACUCUCUCAUGUUCACCCAGACGAUGACAAAACUUCUGAACUCGCAGGAGAGAGCUGAGGCCCGGAUCACGGAAACCCAAACGCAGAUGACCCUUGAACUCUCGAGUUUGAAGACAACAUACCGCUCAGGCCAACCGCAAACAUCACCGUCUCGAGGACCCAGGGAUGUGGCGACAGAACCAUUAUGUUUUGAAUCAUCAGCAAGUGCUAUCUCUUCCGAUGACGACAUCAUUGCACAAGUCAAAGAGAGAACUGAAGAAUGGAGAUGGAAAGAACCCCUUGCCAGGCAGGAUUGGUCAUUCAAAACCAAAGCCAAGUCGCAAGACGCUUAUGAUUCACGGGAGCGCGUCAAGGGAUCUCUGAGUCUGAUCUCAAAGAAGAAUCUUUGGAAAGCUCGAGCUUUAAUCAAAACAAGGGUCAACAUCCUAGGCCAGCGAAUAAUUUGUCUGGAGAUUAGGGCCCAGCAUUUCACCCAGACUUGGCUUAGCAUGCCAUCCUUGUCUGGAAUAAUCUCGGUCGUCAAUGUUCGGCCAAAUGACGCGCCAAUAUUCAAAGCGUGCCAUGGCCUCGACCUUCCAACUGUCAAGCACCUCUUGGAGACCGGAGAAGCAAGUAUUCACGAUGUAGAUCAAAAGGGGGAUGGUCUACUUGAAGUAAAAAUCUUGCGCUCGGUCGGGUUUUCGGAUUGGAAUCCCGGCGGAUGCCCUAACGAAUUCCUGAAGGAAGCCAUAAGAGCAGGGGACAUCGCAGAACUGCUGUUCGGCUUGGAAGAGGUGAAACUCGACCCCAACAAUUACAAGAUCCCGCUACUAUCUCACUCCAAAGUCAACGUCUUCAUGGCUUCUUUACUAGUUGAAUUCGACGCUCAAGUCAACCCUGCCCCAAUCACUAGACCACACGACACGCCACUCAAUGCAUCCAUCAGAAAAGGAAAUAUUGAGGUAAUGCAUUGGUUGCUAUCUCGUGACGCAAACACCAUACUCGACGGUUAUGAAUCAUCAAGCGCAUGGCAAACUGUCUGGUGUUCAGUAACACGACUCGGUACGAAGGGAAAGUUGGAUGCCCUCAACUUUCUCAAACUGGAAGGAGUCCUGAGCCAUCUCCUAUGGCACAGCUCAGACCCACACGCAACAUUUAAAUCUGUCAUCAGCCGACACGGACGCCAAUAUUUUUAUUUUAUCUCCUCCACUACCAGGGCACAAGAGGUCGCUAGGGCAGUCUCAUAUGACCUUAGAGUUCCAGAGCUGGAAGAUUACGGCUGGGGGCUAGAACCAGAAAGGGAAUCAUUGCGUUUAUGUCAAGAAGCAUAUGAGCGAUCAGAACAGCUCAGGGUCCCUGAUUUCUUGGCAUCUUGGUCCGACACUGGUAUCCUUUACGGGGAAUCAUACGACUCAGAUGAUGGCUCAGAAUACAGCUGGAGACAGUUGGCUCGUUUCCCGCUUGUACGGUUGCUUGUCAACGCCUUGCAGUUGGCUGGCUACCAGGCAGAAAUGAGCGAUGACGGCGAUGUCUAUUAUGAUGAUGAUGAUGGAGACCGUUACUUUGAUGCCAGGGAGUAUCAGCCUGAAGAGGGUGUGGAUGAUGGUCUUGUUGCCAACUGUCCGAUCUGUCAGGACCCGGAAAAGUAUGGGCUAAGUCACAUCUUUGCGGAGGCCGAGCGAGCAAGAGAGGUCCUGCGAGAGUAUAGGAGGAGAAAAGCAGAAGAAAUGAGGCAGCGAAGAUGGUGA